AUGUUGGAGAUUGGGUAAAUGAUAAGCAAACUGGAAAAGGCCCAAAGAUAUGAGUUGAUGAUUCUUUUUUAUUAUGGACAGAGACUUGAAGUAAAAGACAUGGAAUUGGCCAAUUUCAAUCAGCAAAUAGCAAAUGGAGAAAAAGAUGAAGGUAAAUGGAUUUUGAUAAGGAAAUGUGAAAUUUUAAUUUUGAAUGUAGUAAUAUAAAUCUAAUGUAUAAUAGAGAUGUUAGAAGUAAUAUUGA